AGAUGAAAAAUAUCCCACACCAAUAUAUUCCUCUGCUGAAGAUUACAUGAAUGAGAGACAACUUGAAACAGGAGAUUAUGAGUCUCUUUUCCAUCAUCAUACAAAUCUUCCAAUAGAUUUGACUCUCUGUAUUGAAGCUUGGGUCAUGUUCUUAAAUAAUACAUUCUUUGAUAGUGGCCUUGCUAAUGGUACUAUUGGGGUUGUCACAGACAUAACUUCUGCUAAUAACACUAUUGAAGUGACAUUUCCUACUUCAAGUGGUCUUACU